CCCAACAUACACAUUUUACUUUCCUGCGCUCACGUAACCUCUUUGUUGUCAUCGAAAAGUUUCAAGGAAAUCAAUAUUUUCACGCCGCGCACCUGGAGCACCUGUUUACGUUUUCGCGUUUGCUCACACAUUCCACGCGAACACGCUGUGAUACGCAUCAAUGGCCUAGAACAAAAUAAAAUGCCGACAGGAACAGCGCAAAUAUGUCCCCAAAUUAUUCCCAAAGCCUGGACAUCUACCAUGAGAAACAGGUGCGCGAAUUGUGCGCCUUGCAUGCCCUGAACAAUUUGUUUCAAGGCAUUAAUUUAUUCACUAAAGCUGAACUGGAUGUGAUUUGCCAGACACUCUCACCAGAUGUGUGGAUAAAUCCACAUCGAUCAGUGCUUGGACUUGGCAAUUAUGACAUUAAUGUGAUAAUGAAAGCAUUGCAGGAUAGGGAUUAUUGUGCCAUUUGGUUUGAUAAGAGAAAGGAUCCUAACUGUGUCAAUCUUAAAAACAUUCUUGGUUUUAUUUUGAAUGUGCCCAGUGAUUAUAAAAUUAGUUUUGUUACUUUACCUUUAAAGAGAAGGCAUUGGAUUGCCAUCAGAAAAAUCAAUGGGUUUUAUUAUAACUUGGAUUCAAAACUGAAUUCUCCUCAAGUUAUUGGCAAGGAUAAAGAAGUUUUGGAUUAUCUGAAGGAAGAAACUGAGUCAAAAGAUAAGCAGCUGUUUGUAGUGGUGACUUCAGAGGUGGACAAAAACGAGUCUUGGUUGUUAAACAAAAGUUCAUACAGCAAUCAUGUGCAUUUACAAGAGCGGGAAGCCGAGGUAUUGGAAUUGCGCGAUAUAAUUGCUGAGGACACAAAUGUCACCAUCAAUCCCUUGUGCAAUACAUGAUGAAGUAAAUUAAAAUUAAUUUAUUAACAUAUAUAA